AUGAGUCCUAAAAGAUCGUUAAAAGAUAUUCUAGACUCAGAAUAUGUUGAAAAUAGCGAUGAAGAAGACUUAAUACAUGCAGAUAUCGAGGAAAACCAAGAUGGAGAUGAAGUAAUCGAUCCAUCGUUGUGUAUCGAAUGUAAAGAUAUGAAAACUGAGAUCAUUUGUAAAGAUUGCGAUGAACAGUUUUGCGUGGUCUGUUUUGAAAUGAUUCAUAGAGGUGGUAAACGUCGUUUGCACGAGUAUGUCAAGUUAUCACAAAAGGACGAAUCACUACCUGAGAAUGAAAUUGCACAGCAACAAAUACAAGAUGCUACAAAUGACAAACCAAGUGAUAAUCUAGAAAGUGAGGAUCCUCCAAUGAGAAAGACCGUUGAUUCAGUGGAUGAAAGACUUUUGAAGCUUUUGAAAGACAACUCUGCAUUCAUCCCCAUGAGAUUAACCCAUGAAGAAAGACAUUUGUUGCGUCUAUUAGAAGCUGCUUUAAAAGUCUCGGAAUAUACCGACAGAGUUGAUAUCUUAUCCUACAAAUCCAAGUCUAGAAGAAUAGUAGAACAACUAAGAGAAGUGUGCUCAGUCUUAACUGGUCUUGUCAUUGCGUCUGAUAUCAAAGUGGGCAAAAAGUUAUUAGAGAUGAAAAACUUCUCUGAUAAUGCCAAAUGGUUUCAAGAUGUUUUCGAAAUUGGGAGACGUUACAAAAUUAUGAAUCCUGAAAGAAUGAGAGAUACAUAUGGGAAAUUGUGUUAUAUGGUCAUGGAUUCUCGCUUACCACAGAUCGAAGACAACAUGGAAUUCCACUUAUUCAAACCAAUCAAGACAGUAGAUUCAUUUUUAUCUUCUAGAGAGGGAGCUGAAAAGGCUAAAGGACUUUUUAAUGAUAGACUCACUUUAUAUGCAACUUCUCAUAUCUCUCCCGUUGGAAGGACUAGAACUCAAAUCAGUAGAUUAAUCAAGCAAAAAGAAAACGCUAUCGAAAAUAUCGCCUCAAAAUAUAGCGACAAGUCUUACUCCAAAGAAGAUAUUCGUCAAGUUUUGUACUCCAUUGGUGAUUAUAACGCUUAUGUUAAUAUGAAUAGAAAACCAGUUAUGAGAAUGUUAGAAAGACUAGAAGUGUUCCAUCAACCAGAGAUUGCGGGCAAAUAUUCUAUCGGGAUUCAGUAUGGAAGGGACGGUGCGAGACUUACACAUGACCAUGAAAGACAAUGGCACUACGUACAGCAGUCAUUAACUUUAUGGUCUGUCAUACAAAGAGAAAUGGUCCGUCUUUGGUAUAUUGCUGAUUCUGACUUAUUUGAUGGCUCACAAUAUAGACUUGCAUCAACGGAUCAGGGCUUGAAUCGUAUUAAAGCCUGCCCAAGCAUAUACAAAGAAAUGCACAAAAUUUUAUCUGAGUGUCGUUCCAAGACGGAGACUUGGGUGGGCUCUUCUGUUGUCCAUUUGGGUGAUGAUGCUGUUCCAAAUGCCCUAUUUUUCCUAGACAAAUAUACUCAAAUUCCGAGUAUUUUGAUACCAUUUGACCAGACGCUUUUGAAAAUCAAUGAUUUGAUUAAGAACGACCCAUACUUAUUGGAAUAUAUAAAUAAAGAAUAUGGCUCAGUUGAUGAUAUGAAAUUAACUAUAUUGCAAGAUGCAUUUGCUCAUAUGUUUGAUGGCUCUGGUGCUGAUAAUUUCUAUAUGAGUGGGUCCUGUAUCGAUGGUAGAUUAACCUCCGCAUGGAACCAUUGUAAUGAAAUCUCGAAAAGAAAAUACUUUAAUAUAUUUUUGCUGACCGGAUUCAAUGGCUUUAAUGGGGCGGAGGGAUUUUAA